AUUGAAAGCGAUGGCGACAGGUAAACGGCGUUUUGAGGAUUCGCUGACAGGUGCGACAUCCACAGCGUGUAAGAAGUGCCAUGAUAAUGAUGAUGACGAAAUAUUUACAAGUUUCCCUGUGAAAUUGAUAAGGCAAAUAGCAAAACAUCUUGAGACUUUGUGCUGUGAAAGCGACUAUGUUUUCAAAACACUUAAGAUUUUGAACUGCAACGGUGCAGACUACAACGGGGGGAUUCCCUUUGCGAAAGCCUACUGUAGCGUAACACCAGGGACACGCACUCUGUAUUUUGGAAGUGUAUUUGUUCAUGGAAUAAAAAUGUUAACGGCAUUUUUAAAAAAUCGCCAGGUACCAACGGACUUACCAAGGAAACGUCUUCUGAGGAAAUUGUUGUUCUUCCUAUCCGACGAAGGAACACAUUUGCUGCUGAAAGACUUAGAAAAGUUUCAUGAAACCGAGCUUAUGAUGGUCUUGGCUAAUCACCUUUAUGGAAAACUGACAUCAUCAUCUAAGUACAUGAUUGAUAAAAACUCUACCAAGGAGACCGACCAUUGUCCUUGUAACUCAGAAAGCUGUCGCCUGUCGGGUCAGUUUGCAGAUACAGGUAUUGGAAACGAAGAAGUCUGGCAUGGAAACCUGGACAUAAUUGUAGACAAUGAUAUGGUUGGUCUGUCUUACCCAUCUGGAAAUAAAGAAGAAAUUCUGGGAGGAAAUGAAGCGAAAAUAAGGCAUGUCGAUCUCUCAAGAAAUCAACAAAUCAUUUCACAGACCAUUGUAUUUUCAUUUCUUCAAAAGCAGCGACACCCAGAUAGUAACAAUUUUCUGUUCCCUUGCAUUGGAGCUGCACACGAAGGAAUGGUGGUGUAUUUUUAUGAUUCACAGAAAGAUAUUCUACUGGAAAGCUCGUUCAUUCCUUUCAUGUCAGUUGAAGGCAAAGUCAACGUCCAUGCCAUACUCGCUUCUUGGUUUGCAGUUAAUUACAAAUAUCUGUCAAGUGGAAUACCGUGUUCUAAAUCACAUGACGAUAAAUCCGCGUUUUUGUCCCAUGUUAAAGAAAAACUUGGAAUCUAUGAACAUAAUUUGAAAUUCGGAAAUUUGGGUGUUCCUGUAAGUUUUGAGGAUGAUGAAAGUGAUUUAGAAGUUGAACAAUCUGACUUUCUUUCUGAAACACGCUGGGAGCUUCUGGAACUUGGCUCCAUGCCUGAUGGCCAUUCUGAACAAUAUUGUCUUCUUGAUAAAGAAAUGUAGUAAAAAAAUUCUGUAAUAACUUUGAAAUCUGUUCUUGAUAGAAAAUAUAAAAAAAACAUGUACUGCUCUUAAAUUCAAUGGCUCCAUUGUCUGACGGAACAAUACUGUUAUCUUGACAAAGAAAUACAGCCGACCCCUCAAUAACUUUGAAAUCUGAUUGUUAUCUGAUGUUGGUAUUUCAUGUACUGCCAUAGAAUCUAACAUAACAUGUCUGUUCAGUGCUGAAUACAGUAUGUUUAGUAACCCCUACCGGUGAAACCAGUGGGAUUAUAUAGAUUAUCUUGAGUCCGUCCAUCUGUCAGUCGUCUAGUGUUCCACACUUUGUCAGCCAUGGUUCAAGGUAUGUUUUAGAAAGUUAAUAUGUAACUUCAGUAAAAGUAGCUAGAGAUAAAGUUUCAGUUUCUGAUUUUUUGGGUCGAGGUCAAGGUCCUUGUUACCAUUUUUAGUGGGGGCCGGUAGGGGACAUGUUUUACUUUACCAAUCAUCUCAGAAUGCUUGUUCUCAUUAUCCUUUAAGCAUAUUUUCACACAUUUUUACUUUAUUGAACUGAAUGGGAUCAACUGCAUGAAACUAGACAAUGUCCAUGUCGACAUUGUUGGCCGCCCACCCGGAACCGGUGACAUUAUCACGACAAAUUGUUUAAGAAAAUAAAAAUCACCAGCAUAUCA